AUGCUGAAAAUCUCGGUCCAUUUCCUCACGACUUAUCUCUCCGUCAUUAGUGUCUUAUGCUUUUGGAGCAAACAGUUCUUCUGGGGAAUCGCUUUCGCAGUUGGCGCCACCCUCCAGUUCCUGUAUGUCAUGUCAGUACUUGACAGGUACAAUUUUCCGCCCUGAAGAAAACUAUCCGUCUAAAUUGAUGCCUACUACUUUCCCUUCAGUGUGUACUUAGUAUGGGCCAUAUUUACACCAUUCAAAGCUUUGAGAUUGAUGGUUGCUACUUCAAACUCUCCACACGUUCCCUUUGAAACGGGUCCAUUUAUUUACUUAAUUAGAAAUAUUUCCUUGAAAAUCAAAUGAUUAUUUAGCAAGGUUAUGGUCUGCUGUCUUUUUCUAGGAAUCCAGUAGAAGUUAUAAAUACAAUGCACCAGUUGUUUGAUGGUUGCUACUUCAAACUCUCCACAGGUUCCCUUUGAAACGGGCCCACUUAUUUACUUAAUAAGAAACAUUUCAUUGAAAAUCAAAUGAUUAUUUAGCAAGGUUGGGUCUGCUGUCUUUUUCUAGGAAUCUAGUAGAAGUUAUAAUAUAAUGCACCAGUUGUUUAAUAUCUGAAAUAAAUACAUAAAUAAAUAGAUAAAUACUGCUAUGUUGCUUAUAAUUCUAUGUAUCAGUUCCUCUGAGUGUUCUCCUCGUAGGCUUCCAUUUACAAUGCUGGUCUUGCAAAAGGCAGUAAAGACGGUCUGGAGCCUCCCUGAGGUAAUGCGGGUGCCUUACGCCUUCAUGCUGAUCAUGCUCUCCUGGAUGACGAUCUGGUCGUUUGGGGUUGCCGGCGUCGUGGCCUCGAACAUAGGGUACGAAGGACGCUGGUGGCUUCUUGUGGUGAGCUGGCAAGUUUUCUCUUUUUUUCCUUUGUUUCUCCUCCAUCGAUGCCAUUCUUGCCCAGCUGUGACGUCAUCAUCUCUCUCCAAAUUUCCAUGUAGGUGUUCUCAGUGAGCUUGUUCUGGACCGGCGCUGUGCUCUGCAACACAGUCCAUGUUGUUGUAUCUGGCAUGGUGUUCCUCGUUCUGUACCAUGGCGGCCGGGGAUCUCCCUCGAUGCCCCCCAGGCCAUUGGUAAACUCCAUUAGAUGCGCUGUGACGACGUCUUUUGGGAGCAUCUGUUAUGGUUCACUUUUCACGGCUGCAAUCCGCACACUACGUUGGGAGGUCUCUUGCUUUGCUACCACCCUUUGACUAAGACUGGUCCACAGAUAGAUGGAUAAAUAAAUAACUCCAUUGAUAUUUGGUGUUAUUAUUUUUUUUUCUUCUCUUUGGCUUCAGAUUCGGGGAAUUCGGUCGAAAAUAGGGAAAAAUGAAUGCUUGCUCUGCUGCGUUGACUUCUUGUUCCAUAUGGUGGAGACCCUGGUCAGGUUUUUCAACAAGUAUGCCUACGUUCAGGUGAUGAGUUAGUCAACCCUGCUCAAACCCUUCUAUAAGGUCUCUCCUUCCACAGUAACGCGAGCAUUGUGGGUUUUGGCAUGGUUUCCAGGGUUUUUAUUUUCAAGUUUUUUUAUAUAUAUUAAGUUCCUGAAAUAUUGGAGGAAAUUAUUUGAGCCAUUAAAGACCAACAGAUCUGACCCAGAUUAGCCCUUUUUUCGAGCAUUCUGUUCUGAAUUUUCUUCUUAAUAAAUGUUUUUCUGACCAUCAUAAUUUUGUGUUGCUGGCCGACCGACGAUGGUUGACUUUUGUGCUCAGAUAGUAGUCAACGGGAAGGGCUUCAACCAGUCAGCGAGGGAUGCCUGGGAGCUCUUCCAGUCUACUGGGAUCGAGUCCCUCAUUGCCUAUGACUGUUCAGGGGCUGUGCUCCUGAUGGGCGCCAUCCUGGGCGGCCUCGUCACCGGAACGUGCGCCGGCGCCUGGGCGUGGAUCAGGAAUGAGGGCACUGUCGUCAUGGUUGGCUCCACGUCAGCACUCAUGGGGAUGAUCCUGGUGAGCUCUCUCUCUCUCUCUCUCUCUCUCAUCUGUCUAACUAAGAGUGCGGAAUCUCCAACUCCACUUACUUGUGGGAUGUACCCAUCUUCAUGGUGCUUCCAUCUAUCCAUCAGAGUGCCCCAGCUGCUAGUCAGUGUUUUCCAUCUGUCUCCAUCCUAAUUUGGCUCCCUUCCCGUGGAAGGAAGCUCUCUCUCUCUCUCUCUCUCUCUCUCUCUCCGGAAUUGGCAUGAAAAAUCUUCCGAGCUGUCCUUGUGUUUCAGGUGGGUCUGGCGGUGGUAGUGGUGGAGAGCGCCGUCACCUCAAUCUACGUGUGCUUCGCGGAGGAUCCUUCUCUGAUCCACCGGUGGGACGCGGAGUUCUUCGACCAGCUCUCGGAGACCCUCCACCAGCGCCUCCAGUACCGCAGCGCCCGCGCCAGGGAGGUGAUGAACCAACGCCGCCUCCAGAUACCCUCCUCUCUCCAGCCCCCCGCCGUCCCCUGA